AUGAUCGAGAAAGCCAACAAAAACUUGAAUCCUAUACUGAACGAGAUAGUAAAAACACGUUUCUUUAGAUACUUCCGGGUGAACUUGUUUGCAGAGUGUCCAUUCUGGGUUGUCACCCAACUAUGUGGCCUUGAAGGAUGUGGAGUUUGUGAGUGUGAUGACAACGAGAUACCUCUUCCUUGGAGGAUAGAGGACCAUGGUGACAGCGAUCGAGUGGACUUAUCGCCCCCACCACCCGGCUUCACAAAGUGGAAGGACAAGAAGGAGGACAUGUGGGUCAUCCCAUAUGGAUCCGACACUGACACAAGCUAUGUCAAUCUUGGUGAAACACCAGAGUCCUACUCUGGAUAUGAUGGAAGCUCAGUGUGGGGAUCGAUCUACAACGAAAACUGCUUCACCCGACCUUUGGAGCAGAUGUGUUUUGAAGAGAGGGUCUUUUACAAGCUAAUAUCGGGACUACAUUCGUCCAUCACCACGCAUCUCUCCUAUUACUAUCAGAAGGACAAGAACACCAACGAGUGGUUACAUAAUCCAAAGAGGUUCAGAUCCUCAUUCGAGAAUCAUCCAGAUAGAAUUGACAAUCUCUAUUUCACACUCUUGUUUAUGAUGCGGGCUGUCAGUAAAAUCGAUGGUUUCUUGGCCAACUAUCAGUUCAACACUGGAAAUGAAGUGGAGGACAAACAAACCUACCAACUUGUACAGACUCUAUUGAAGCAACAAGUCACGUGCUUGCCAUCGUUCGACGAAACACUCCUUUUCAAAGACACAUAUGAUAAGCAAAACCUUAUCACUCAAUUCAAAGGACACUUCCAGAACAUCAGCUCCAUUUUGAACUGCGUCACUUGCGAGAAAUGCAAGCUCUAUGGCAAGAUGCAAACACUUGGAUUGGGUACAGCUCUGAAGAUUCUGUUUGAUGAAGACCAAAGUUCAUUGCAAAGGAACGAAAUCAUUGCACUGGUGAAUACAUUACGACAGCUUUCAAACUCUGUCAAAUGCAUUGGCAUCCUCUCGAGUGACAGCAACUUUGACUACCACCAUCAUGGUACACCACCAUCCAAGUCUGAGGAGGCCAUCCAAACAAACAACAACGACAAGGAAACGGACCAAUCAGUGCCCACAACUGGCAACAAAGAAGACAUCUGGUCUCAGCGAUGGAAACAACUGAUGCAGCAAUUCAAUCCAGUGGUGGACAAGAUCAAAGAGGAGAUUCAAAGAAGAGGUAUUACCACACAACAGAUGAUCUUGAUCAUAUCAGUGACCAUUCUGUCAAUACUCUUUAUUUAUAAUCCCUCCUACAAUCCACCAAAGAGAAAGAAGAAGAAGAAGAAAGCAACAACAUCAAGAACUAUCUCAUAA